AUGAAGCAUGGUUCUCUGGACAUAACCUUGGUUCAACUACCAUCGUUGAACAAAAUUAGAAGCAGCAAAAUGAGCACGCCCUUGUUCCAUGAAUUCAAAAAGCAAGCUUCUUUCUUCCUCAAGGAGAAAAUCAAGACUGCUAGAUUAGCUCUAACAGAUGUCACCCCUGCAGAGCUGAUGACAGAAGAGGCAACUAGUGGAAAUCCAUGGGCCCCAGAUUCCAGAACACUCAGAUCAAUUUCAAGGGCUGCUUUUGAGUUAGAUGAUUAUUGGAGGAUUGUGGAGAUUCUGCAUAAAAGGUUCCUGAAAUUUGAAAAGAAGAAUUGGAGGGUCUCUUACAAUUCCCUGAUCGUGCUUGAACACCUGUUGACUCAUGGACCAGAGAGUGUUGCUGAGGAAUUUAAGAGUGACAAAAAUGUUAUUAGUCAGAUUAAAAGUUUUCAGUUUAUUGAUGACACUGGGUUUAAUUGGGGCUUAACCGUCAGAAAGAAAUCCGAGAGGAUAGUGAAUCUUAUGGAAGAAAUAACUCUUCUCAAGGAAGAGAGAAAACAAGCUAGAAGGUUAUCGAGAGGAAUUGAAGGUUUUGGAAGUUUUCCCCAUCGGUCAACUCCAGCACAAUGUAUUCUACGUGAGAAAUCAAUGCCAACCACACUUAAGAGGUAUGACUCAGAUUUGAACAACCAUGAAGAUCAGGAAAACAAGUCCUCUUGUUCAAACAAUGGUGUGGAUGUGGACACAGUGGCCGUGAAAUCUCCUAGCUAUCAAGGUGAAACUUUCAAGUCCUUUGGUAGUGUGAAAGCCAAGGGAUACCAGGAUGAUCUAGACAACACUCAAAUGCUUCAGAAAUCUGAAACAAAUGCAAAAGAAAACAUGGAGCCGAGCAAGGAGGAGUUCCAUCUGUGGAACAUGAAAGGGGAAUCCAAACCACUUUUGGAUUGUGGUGAGGAGGAUUCCAAGCUUGGAAUCAUCAGAACAGAAGAUGAUCAUCCCUUUAGUUCAAAUGAAAUGCAUGGCACUGCCUCCCUGCUUUCUGCUAGAGACGGAAUACUACAAGGGUGUUGA